UUUCUAGCCUUCCUUUUGCCGUGGAUUGUCAUCAUGGCCAUGGGGACACACAGGCAGCAGGAAAGACCGCCGCGCGUUCUCUGCUAAUUUCACGCCCUCUCUCCCUCUUUCGCACUCCCCACCCUGGGGCACUGUAUACAUACACAUUAUCUCAGGCCUACGCUAGCAUUUGAAUGUCGGCACCACAGAGGAUUCUCUGCAGUCUCUCACUUACUCUUCCUUCUUAUACCCAAGUUUUCUCCUCAACCUUCAACUCCAGAACCGUCCUCAUCCUUCGUUGUCGUCCACCCUGCAUAACCCUAGCCCGCUCUCUUACUUGCACCUCCUCUUUCUCUUUCUCCCCUCCAAUCAUGCCUUACAACCAGCGACGGCCUGGACAUAUGGAUCAAAGAUGGAAAGAGAAGCCAAAAACUGACAUGUCAUCCUCAGCUACAGGCAGUGCAUCAGCAGAUGUAGAUGAAACCGUCAGUAAUAGAAUUAGUGCGCUCAGUAUCACUGAAAACAGUGAACCCCAUGUUACUGUUCCACCAAUGCAAUUGGGGAGUGUCCAAAUGGCAAACCAGAUUCCAGGUCAAGGUGGUCAAAAGGCAGUCUGGAAGCCCAAGUCAUAUGGAACAGUGAGUGGGUCCCCGGCAGUUGAAGUUGAAAAAGCACCCCUUGGUAAAAUGGUUAAGGGGAAUGGAGCUGAAACAGCAGCAGCUCAGAUAACAACUGCCGGUUUGAGUAAGUUGUUUGGUGCUAAUCUGCUGGAAAAUUUCACUGUGGAUAAUUCCACGUACUCAAUUGCGCAAAUAAGAGCUACAUUCUAUCCCAAGUUUGAAAAUGAGAAGUCAGAUCAAGAGAUAAGGACAAGGAUGACAGAGAUGGUAUCUAAAGGCUUGGCUACCUUAGAGGUUUCUCUUAAACACUCCGGAUCUCUUUUUAUGUACUCUGGUCACCAGGGCGGUGCAUAUGCGAAAAACAGCUUUGGAAAUAUAUACACUGCUGUAGGUGUUUUUGUUCUUGGACGGAUGCUUCGUGAGGCAUGGGGAACUCAAGCAGCAAAAAAGCAAGCAGAGUUCAAUGAUUUUCUUGAGAGGAACCGUAUGUGUGUAUCAAUGGAGUUGGUAACUGCUGUUCUUGGAGACCAUGGACAGCGUCCCCAAGAAGAUUAUGUGGUAGUGACAGCAGUAACAGAAUUGGGGAAUGGAAAGCCAAAGUUCUUCUCUACUCCUGAAAUAAUUGCAUUUUGUAGAAAAUGGCGCCUACCAACAAAUCACGUGUGGUUGUUCACGACACGGAAGUCAGUGACUUCAUUUUUUGCUGCGUAUGAUGCGCUGUGUGAAGAAGGAACUGCAACAUCAGUAUGCAAGACUCUUGAUGAGGUUGCAGAUGUAUCUGUUCCAGGUUCGAAAGACCAUAUAAAGGUGCAGGGUGAAAUCUUAGAGGGUCUUGUGGCUCGUAUUGUAAGCCGGGAAAGCUCAGAACAUUUGGAGACAGUUUUAGAAGAAUCUCCUCCUCCGCCGUCUGAGGGAGCUAGCCUUGAUUAUGGACCAAACCUUAGAGAAAUUUGUUCAGCAAAUAGGUCUGAUGAAAAGCAGCAAAUAAAAGCACUUCUUCAGAGUGUUGGCACCUCCUUUUGUCCAUACCAUUCAGAUUGGUUCGUGAAUGAAGCUGGUGAUUCCCAUUCAAGGAAUGCAGAUAGAUCAGUUCUUUCAAAAUUUUUACAAUCUCAUCCUGCUGAUUAUUCAACCACCAAAUUGCAGGAAAUGAUACGCUUAAUGAGAGAAAAACGUUACCCUACCGCCUUUAAAUGUUACCAUAACUAUCACAAAGUUGAUUACAUAUCAAAUGACAACCUUUUUUACAAAAUGGUCAUUCACGUCCACAGCGACUCUGUCUUUCGGCGAUACCAAAAAGAGAUGAGGCUUAAACCGGAAUUAUGGCCAUUAUAUAGAGGUGGCUGUAAUGCAUUUUUCUGCGGCAAGGUUUUUUGUGCCCACAAAAGAAUAGAAGUAAACAUGGAUCCUGUGAAAAUGAUGACCUACGUAUAUGCCAUUAAAACUCUUUGGAACUCAUCAUGGCUUGAUAAUUUGUGUUGUGAACCUACAAAGAAUGUGAUGGACUUGUCAAUUGUAGAAGACCUGCAAGGCUUCUUUAUUGACAUUAAUUUAUUCAAGGCAAACAAUGAGAAAGCUGCUGAAAUUGCUAAAAGCAAUAAUAUGGUAGAAAAUGGUAGCAGUAGCACAUUGGGAAAAGAUGGAUUGGCUGAUGAAGAUGCAAAUUUAAUGAUCAAAUUGAAAUUUCUUACUUAUAAGUUGAGAACUUUUUUGAUACGUAAUGGCUUGUCAAUUCUUUUUAAAGAAGGUCCAGCUGCUUACAAGGCCUACUACUUGAGGCAAAUGAAGAUAUGGGGCACUUCAGCAGGAAAGCAGAGGGAGCUCAGUAAGAUGCUUGAUGAAUGGGCUGUGUUUAUACGAAGGAAGUGUGGGCACAAACCGCUGUCACAAUCCACAUACCUUAGUGAAGCUGAGCCUUUUCUUGAACAGUAUGCUAAACGCAAUCCACAGAAUCAGGCUCUGAUAGGUUCUGCUGGUAACUUGGUAAGAACGGAAGACUUCUUGGCCCUUGUUGAUGGGGGUGUGGAUGAAGAGGGUGAUCUUCGGAUGGAGCGGGAGGUAACACCAUCAAGCCCUAGUCCUUCAGUAAAGGAUACUGUUCCUAAGAAAGGGGGGUUGAUCAUAUUCUUUCCAGGAAUACCUGGUUGUGCCAAGUCUGCACUUUGCAAGGAGUUACUAAAUGCACCAGGAGGAUUUGGAGAUGAUCGGCCUAUCAGUAGCCUCAUGGGUGACCUUAUCAAAGGAAGAUAUUGGCAGAAGGUUGCUGAUGAAUGCAAGAGAAAACCAUACUCUAUAAUGCUUGCAGACAAGAAUGCACCAAAUGAAGAAGUAUGGAGACAGAUUGAAGACAUGUGCCGCAGAACCGAUGCCUCUGCUAUUCCAGUUGUACCCGAUUCAGAAGGAACGGAUUCAAAUCCAUUUUCUCUUGAUGCGUUAGCUGUGUUCAUGUCUCGUGUGCUUCAACGAGUAAACCAUCCGGGGAAUCUUGACAAGGCAUCUCCAAAUGCUGGCUACGUGUUGCUAAUGUUUUAUAACCUAUACGAUGGCAAGAGUCGCAAAGAGUUUGAGGGAGAACUAGUUGAGCGAUUUGGCUCACUUGUGAAGAUGCCAUUGCUGAAAUCUGAUAGGAGUCCCCUACCUGAUAGUGUGAAGUCUAUUUUGGAGGAGGGAGUAGAUCUGUACAAGCUGCACACUACUCGACAUGGAAGAUUGGAUUCUACCAAGGGAUCCUAUGCAAAAGAGUGGGCCAAAUGGGAGAAAGAAUUGCGGGAGGUUUUAUUUGGCAAUGCUGAGUAUCUCAACUCUGUACAGGUUCCAUUUGAGUUUGCUGUCAAGCAAGUUUUGGAGGAACUAAAAAAGAUUGCAAGGGGUGAUUAUUCAACGCCAGAUACUGAAAAGAGGAAGUUUGGAACCAUUGUUUAUGCUGCCGUUGAUCUGCCUCUUACAGAAUUCCAAAGCGUUCUUGAUGAUUUGGCUCAGAAAGAUCCCAGGGUUAAGGCUUUCCUAAAGAACAAGGAGAUGCUGAAAAACCUUAAUAACGCUCAUGUGACUCUUGCACACAAGAGAAGUCAUGGUGUUACAGCUGUAGCUAGUUAUGGCAUUUUCCUUCAUCAAAAGGUCCCAGUCAGGUUGACUGCUCUGCUGUUCUCGGAGAAAAUGGCUGCAUUUGAAGCUUGCCUUGGUUCUGUAAAUGGUGAAACAAUUACUUCCAGAAAUCAGUGGCCUCAUGUUACCAUAUGGACUGGAGAGGGAGUAGCAGCCAAGGAAGCCAACGCAUUGCCUGAAUUGAUUACGGAGGGGAAGGCAACUCAAAUUGAAAUCAGCCCACCUAUCACCAUAUUUGGCACACUGGAAUUUUACUGAGUCUUUUGUCCAUUUGUUUUCCUCUUCAUUUGAUUACUUGGAACAGGUCCAACUAACAUUUGGUAUGUAUAUAAAUUUUGAAAGUCGUGAGUUUUUAAGUGUAUUAGAUUAAGUGGGUACUUAAGUCGAAGGGUAAGAAAGUUUUGGUAGGUUGAGGCAUUUCUACAAAGAUUUUGCAUAUGGACACAUUUAAAAUGGAAGAAAUAAUAUGGUUGAAUACUUAAAUUGACAGUAAUUUACAUGAUGGCUUCCACAUAA